AUGUCACAAAUUCAGGAUUCCACUAUGCCCAGUGACAGUAGGAUUUUGGAUGAUCCCGCCUACAAUGAGCUUCCAGCGGGGGUUGACAUUGAAACUCAUGCGGAUAACUGUGCAGCCAACCCAGACUGGGAACAACAGCAGAACAUUGAUAAUGACUCAUAUGUUCGACUUCAAUAUUUCAACAAGAAGCUGGGUGUUACCAGGGUCAUGCAAAGCCGUUGGAGCGCGCCACAGGAUGUUAUUGACUGGGAGAAGGAAGGAGGUGAUGAUGAAGGAGUGAACACCUCCAAUCAAUUGGAAGCAGAAGCUCGGGGCAAAGUUUCAAGAGGUGAGAUGUAUCCUCCAGCACCAACAGGAAAUAUCAGCUUCUUCCAAAGAGAAGAGUACACAUUACGGGAAGAUAAACCUGUCUCAAUUGUGACUUCCGGCAAAUGGAAGGAGAACUCAACAUAUCUACAGAUCAAAGACAAGGCAGAAGUCAGAUUUAGUACUCUCAGAAAGCCGUCAGAUGGGACAAACCUCUUGUUGGCUUUGACCAAGACAGAUCUUGAUCCGAAAGCUCUUACCACCGUGCACGGUCAACCUAUAGAGAUGUUGGUAGAAUUUAGCGUCCCAAGAGCUAAAUAUGACAGACAUGCCUCAAAGGCAGCUGAGGAGUCCUCCUCAUUGGAUGACUAG